AUUGCAGGUUUGGAACAAGAUGGCGGACCCAGUGCUGCACAUCGAACUUCGUCGAUGGGCUGAUAUUGCGAUCAUUGCUCCACUGGAUGCGAACACCAUGGCUAAGCUUGCAAAUGGCAUCUGUGAUAAUCUUGUUACUUGUACUUUGCGAGCUUGGGAUGUCCAUAAACCUGUGCUUGUGGCCCCUGCAAUGAAUACGCAUAUGUGGACGCAUCCAAUAACAAGCGUUCAUCUCGAUGUCCUGAGGUCUCUUCAUUAUCACAUCAUACCGCCUGUUGCGAAGAAAUUGGCGUGCGACGAUGUGGAGACGGUUGCUGAGGUGGCAUGCGAGCAACAGAAGAAAUACUGAUCUUGCCGAAAAAGAGAAUGAUGUAUGUUCGUGCCUUUCUUGGUUAAUAUUACAUAUUAUACCAAACAGGUAUCCAUAUUUCAUUGGCCGUAGUCUUAUACGAGAAUGUAUCGCUGUGAAUACAUUUACCAAUGGCGGUCAUGUAUAGCUUCUCCACUUUCAUAUACACGGAUCGUGUGGGAAGGGGAAUCAAUCAGAAGGAAAAUGCCAAGGGGGGUGGGGAGAGUGGUGAGAGGGGGAAAGAUCUGUCACGGAGGAAGAUGUACGGCAAUAUGUCUUGGAAUUGAUUUGUAGGAGAAGCGCUCGGCAUAUCGCACUGUUCAGCCGCGCCUUCCUGCUAUUGAAUCCAAAGGGCACCUUUUCAUCUGGCAUCGUCAUACUCAACUUGAAAAAGUUAGGGCUCUAUGCCGAAACUUGUUCUCAAACAUAUUCUGCCAAUUUUUUAUGUGGUUCACUUUGUCAAAAUCAUUUGGUAGUACUUCAAACUACGAAUUGUAAGACUACUAUUGUAGAAGCAAUGAAUUAUCUGCUAUGGGUGCGCUCGUUAAUUGACCCCGAUCGAUUCGAGUAGUGACAAUGAUCAUUUUUGUAGUAGCGUACUUUAACUUGGCUCAUACAUAUUUUAUCUUCGUUUACAUUUUAUAUUGAAAAUUAGCUACUGUAUGUGAACACCCGCCAAGAAUAUGUACAGUAUUAAAUGUGGGCGAUGGUGUGACUUUCUGACCUGUGAAUGUACUGAGUGAAUUCCUCCGAAGCAUUUGCCUUCUUGGCUAGUUCAAUAAAUUUAUUACUGUCUGAUUUAGGAUAUUCUGGGGCUUUUGUCCCAUCAAGGUUGCGGACAAAAAGCUUGUUGCCCUCUUUGCCUACUAUUUUGUAUGGUCCGUCAUAUGGUGCUGUCCUUUC